UUUCGAUUUUUCCAUCGUAUACGCCAACAUGGGUUUCGCUACUCUCUGGUACUCGCAUCCCCGUAAAUACGGCCAAGGCUCCCGUUGCUGCCGUGCCUGCUCAAACCGACAUGGUCUGAUCCGCAAAUACGGUCUGAACAUUUGCCGUCAGUGCUUCAGGGAAUACGCCAAUGAUAUUGGCUUCAAGAAGCUGGAUUAAAUAUCCACUUCAAUUUUUUGGCGUUUGCGACGUCAAUUUUUUUAAGCAUAUUAAUUUUAGUAGUCGCUCUCGAGGGACUGCAUCUAUUAAUAUGCUGGCAACAACAACAAGAAAGCAACAACAAAAUAAUCAUUUGGAGAUUUAAAUGAAACCGAAGGCAGUCACAUCUGAAUUCAACAAGCCAGGAA